UCUGUCCCCAGAGGUGCAGGACUGUGAGAGCUGUGGCAUUCACCAUGCUGGCCCCCAGCAGUGGCCCAGAGCAGAGGACCAGGCUGGCCCUGCAGUGGAGGCAGAUCUCCUGGAUCACCUGCUGGGUCACCCUGUAUGCUGUGGAGGCCCUCCCUGCCUGCCCUUUCUCCUGUAAGUGUGACACCCGGAGCUUGGAGGUGGAUUGCAGCGGCCUAGGCCUCACCAUGGUGCCCCCGGACUUGCCUGCUGCCACCCGAACCCUCUUGCUCUUGAACAAUAAGCUGAGUACCCUGCCAAGCUGGGCAUUUGCCAAUCUGUCCAGCCUGCAGCGGUUGGAUCUAUCCAACAACUUCCUGGACCAGCUGCCCAGCUCCAUUUUUGAGGACCUGACGAAUCUGACGGAGCUGCAGCUGCGCAACAACAGCAUCAGGACCCUGGACAGGGACCUGCUGCAGCACUGCCCCCUGCUCCGCCACCUGGACCUGUCCAUCAACGGCCUGGCCCAGCUGCCUCCGGGCCUCUUUGACCGCCUCCCUGCUCUGCGCUCCCUAUCGCUGCGCUCCAACCGCCUGCAGAACCUGGCCCGGCUGACGUUUGAACCUCUAGCGAGUCUGCAGCUGCUGCAGGUUGGGGACAACCCCUGGGAGUGUGACUGUAACCUGCGUGAUUUCAAGCACUGGAUGGAGUGGUUUUCCUACCGAGGGGGGCGCCUGGACCAGCUGGCCUGCACCCUACCCAAGGAGCUAAGGGGGAAGGACAUGCGCGUGGUCCCCAUGGAAAUGUUCGACUACUGCUCCCAGUUGGAGGAGGAGAACAGCUCGGCUGGGCUGGAUGGUCCUGGGCCGCCCUGCACCAAGGCCAGCCCAGAACCUGUGAAGCCCAAGCCUGGGGCCGAGCCCGAGCCAGAGUCCAGCACAGCCUGUCCCCAGAAGCAGAGGUACCGGCCGGUGAGCGUGCGCAGGGCCAUCGGCACUGUGAUCAUCGCCGGGGUCGUCUGUGGCAUCGUCUGCAUCAUGAUGGUGGUGGCUGCUGCCUAUGGCUGCAUCUACGCCUCCCUCAUGGCCAAGUACCACCGGGAGCUGAAGAAGCGCCAGCCCCUUAUGGGGGACCCGGAGGGAGAGCAUGAAGACCAGAAGCAGAUCUCCUCUGUGGCAUGAGAGCCCAGCCCCACCUGGCCCAGGUAAGAAGGGCGAGGAG